CCUUUCUCCAUUUCUCUCUCUUCCUCAGAUCGCUCUCUCUCUCCUCUCCCCCUCUGGGUGGGUGUGGGGUUGAAGAGGAAAACCCUCGGCUGCCCCUGCAAUUCUCGCCUUCCAUCCGAUGCCCUUUCCUCCUUUCUCUCUUUCCCCGCACGUCCUCUGAAGAGGGAAGAAAAGGAAAAAAAAAACCCCAAAAUUAGCGGGAAAUUACUCAAGAUUUGAGAUCCUGCCAUUCGUCUCCUUCCCUCCAUCCUCCCUCUGCAAAUCUUCGCCCGCCAUCGCCUCCCCACCUACUCCUCCUUCGCGCUACCCUCAGGGGCGGAAGGCCUUGUGUCCUGGUUCUUGUUCCUUGUUAGGGUUUUGGAGGAAGCGGUUCGGAGGAGGGAGGCUUUUAGUUUAGCUGUUUCGCUUUUGAUUCUGGCGUUUUUAGAGAGAAGAGUUUGAAUAUUUGGUGGGGUUUGGGAGUGAGUCAGGAGGUUCGCCACUGGAGGAAUUAGGCAUUUCUUCAGGGUCCUGAGGACCCCUUCUGCUGCCUUCUUAAGAGUGCUGGAAAUCAGUGUGUAUGUGGUGUUCGUCGGUUUGUUUUGCCUCUGCGGCUGAGAAACGGAAGCUUGAAAACUGUGAUGGACGGUCUCUUGGUAGAGGAACUAGCUUUUCUGGCUAUUCGUGGCUCUGCUAUGAAGUUCAUUAGAUUGGGUAAUUCUUGAAGGAAAUUCGGAAUCUGUGUGUUCUUUGUUUGUUGGUGAAGGGGAAGAAGGCGUUCGUUCUGUCUCUUAAUGGCAAACCACGAAUUGGCUCUUGGGCAGGCUCACAGCUUGGAUCUGCGGCGAGCCCACACUCUAGGCCUUAGCCAAGCUCAUGAUUUGGCUCUGCGCCAGAGCCAUGAUCACAGCUUAGGCCUUGGGCACAGCCACAAGCAUGAAUUGGGUCUCAGCCAGAGCCAUGCCCUCGCUCUUGCGGCACAGCCGCAUGAACUAGAUCUCUCGGACAACCAUGGCCUUCAUAGCCAUGAUCUUACCGUGGGAGAAAACCAUGAAGUGGCUAUGGACCACAAUCAAGACAUGGGUGUCAAUGUUGGUCAGGAGUUGGUCAUUGUUUCUGAGCAGCAGCAGCCAGUUGUGACUAGUCAGGCACUUGUUACACCCAUUCGUCAGAACCGAGCACUCGUUGCUGACCCAGAUCAUGAGCUGACAGUAGGGCAGGAGUUUCCAGAUGUGAAGAGUUGCCGAAGAGCCUUGAGAGAUACUGCUAUAGCGUUGCAUUUUGAGAUUCAGACCGUGAAGUCAGACAAAACAAGAUUCACAGCUAAAUGUGCUACUGAAGGUUGCCCUUGGCGAAUUCAUGCUGCAAAGCUUCCUGGUGUUCCUACUUUUACAAUAAGAACCAUUCAUGCCCAACAUACUUGUGGAGGCAUUACACACUUGGGGCACCAGCAGGCUUCAGUUAGUUGGGUUGCCAGCUCCAUGGAAGACCGUCUUCGAGAGAAUCCAACUUAUAAGCCAAAAGAUAUACUUGAAGACAUUCAUAGAAUGCAUGGUAUCACAUUGACGUACAAGCAAGCAUGGCGUGGAAAGGAGCGUAUAAUGGCUUCUCUUCGUGGUUCAUUUGAGGAAGGGUAUCGACUUCUACCACAGUACUGUGACCAAAUCAAGCGGACUAAUCCUGGAAGUAUUUCUUCAGUGUAUGGUGCAGGUCCCGAGAACUGCUUUCAGCGCUUAUUUAUCUCAUUUUUCGCUUCAAUCUAUGGUUUCAUAAAUGCUUGCCGUCCACUGCUUGGGCUCGACCGGACAGUGUUAAAGAGCAAAUAUCUUGGGACCUUGCUUCUUGCUACAGGAUUUGAUGGUGACGGUGCAUUGUUUCCAUUGGCAUUUGGAGUUGUUGAUGAGGAGAAUGAUGAGAACUGGAUGUGGUUUUUGUCUGAACUUCAUAAUCUGCUUGAAAUGAAUACUGAAAACAUGCCUAGGCUAACCAUCUUGUCGGAUCGGCAGAAAGGCAUCGUGGAUGGGGUUGAAGCAAACUUUCCCACUGCAUUUCAUGGGUUCUGUAUGCGUCACCUCAGCGAAAGCUUCCGCAAAGAGUUCAACAAUCCAAUGCUGGUGAAUCUUCUGUGGGAGGCUGCUUAUGCGCUCACUGUAAUUGAGUUUGAGGCCAAAUUACUUGAAAUAGAGGAAAUAUCUCAAGAUGCAGCUUAUUGGAUCCGACGUGUUCCACCUCGGCUUUGGGCCACUGCUUAUUUUGAAGGUACAAGGUUUGGACACCUAACAGCGAACCUCGUGGAAUCCUUGAAUACAUGGGUUCAUGAGGCAUCUGGAUUGCCAAUUGUCCAGAUGAUGGAAUCUAUACGUAGGCAACUAAUGACAUGGUUUAAUGAGAGAAGAGAAACUAGCAUGCAAUGGAACUCUAUCCUCGUGCCAUCUGCUGAAAGGCGUGUUGCAGAUGCAAUUGAACAGGCACGCAAUUAUCAAGUUCUUCGUGCUAAUGAGGCAGAAUUUGAAGUUAUAUCUCAUGAAGGAACCAAUAUUGUAGAUAUCCGAAACCGUUGCUGUCUUUGUCGUGGCUGGCAGUUGUAUGGUUUGCCUUGUUCACAUGCUGUUGCAGCACUCAUCUCUUGUAGGCAGAAUGUUAAUCGAUUUACUGAGAGUUGUUUCACUGUCACAAAUUAUCGCAAGACCUACUCUCAGACAAUCCACCCUGUCCCUGAUAAAACAUUGUGGAAGGAGUUGUCUGAGCAUGCAGAAAAUGGUGGAAAUAAAAUUGAUGUUGUAAUAUCUCCACCAAAGUCUCUUCGGCCCCCAGGGCAUCCAAGGAAGAAAAGAGUGCGUGUGGAGGAUCGUGGUCGUGUAAAGCGAGUUGUCCACUGUAGCCGCUGCAAUCAGACAGGGCAUUUUAGAACAACAUGCACUACGCCUAUAUAAAUGUUCAUUUUGAGUGGUAGCUAGAUUAUUGAGGCACCCGUAUCUUCUUGUGAAAAAUUUAGGGAUCCUGUGUAUCGAGACCUGCAGCCUUUUGUUGGAAAUUAAGUUUUCGAGAUCAUUUUUUGCUUUGAGGUAUAUGGGGCUUAUUAUCUUGUAGGAUAUCUUAGUCUUUUUACACUUUUCUGCUGUGCAAUCGCAUGUUCUAGUUUUUCCUUCCAUGUUCCCCGUUCUCUCUGUGAUGUUAUACAGCAUGCUUGUAGAACUUUAGCUGUAUCCCACUCUUCUUCUAUGGAUAGGUAAAUAAGAAAAAAAAAAUUGUAUGUUGUGAUGUUUUAUCAUGUAUGUUCUUGUAAUCA